AUGUGUACCCAUCAUUUCGAGUUGGUAAAUGAAGCCUACUCAUGCGCCUCUCUGAUCGGGAAUAGGCGACAGGUGUAUUCCAUACGCUACGUGGCAUGCAGGUGCAAUGUCAUCGCGCGGGGUAUUAAUGGUCGCCGUUCCGGUUCUCGCCCUCGACGGGCGCUUCAUUUGCCGCUGCGGAGGAGGGAGAUGAGGUCGAGGAAGCAUCUGUCCACCAUUGCGAACGAUCUGAUCGAUCGAUGCGCGGAGAUAUUGAAAACAUCAGUUGAGUCCCUUGUGGAAGAUUUUGAACGAGGCUUGAAGCUUGCAGUAGAUAACUUCUCAAGGAGAUUGGUAGAGUUCUGUUGUUCAAAGGCUAUAACAGCUAUUUGUCCGGAGAUAGGGCAGAGAAUUAGUGAUGGAUCAAUUAGCCGACUCACUUAUGAUAUGAUGCUUGCAUGGGAGAGCCCUAGCUCAACUGAUUUAGAUCCUUCAUUGGAGAGCAUCGCGAAGGGAAAUCAGGACAAACGGAUGCCUUCUGAAGGAGAUGAUGGGCAGAUGCAUGACGAUAUCCCCUUGUUUUAUUCAGACAUCAUGCCUCUCCUUGUUAAUGAAGAGCCGAGUAUUGGAGAAGAUGCAUUUGUGUGGGUUUCCUCCCUAAUCCCUCUGGCUGCUGAUGUUGUUAAUGCACAAUUCACUUUUGAAACUCUUACCGCACCUACUGCUAAUCGACUUCAUUUUCCUGCCUAUGAUAGAUUCCUCAAGGAAAUGAACAAUUCUAUCGAGUACUUGGAGAAGCAGGAAACACCAACAGGAGUUGAGUUUUCUAAGAAUGAAUUCAUUCUUCAUGUUGAGGGCACUUCAUGGACACACAGAGUGGUGAGGCACAUCAGAACAACUAGUUGGCCAGGAAGACUUACCCUUACCAAUAAGGCUCUCUACUUUGAGGCAUCCGGAGUAAUGUCAUAUGAAACUGCUGUAAAAAUCGAUCUUUCAAGAGCAGAUGCUGAUCAAGUUAAACCAACCUCAACUGGGCCAUGGGGUGCUCCCUUGUUUGACAAAGCAAUAGCAUAUGAGACGUCUGAAUUAUCAGAACCCUUGGUGAUAGAGUUCCCUGAGAUGACUAGUUCCACUAGACGUGACCACUGGCUUACUCUAAUAAAAGAAGUCAUCUUGCUUCACUGCUUCAUAUUGAAAUUUGAUAUUCAAAACCCUAUACAGGCAUGGGAGAUCCAUGCUAGAAGCAUUUUGGGGAUCUUCAGGCUUCAUGCAGCUCGGGAAUUGCUGAGAAUAUCAUCACCGUCUCCUGCAAACUUUUUGAUUUUUUUGCUCUACGAGGAACUACCAAAGGGGGACUACGUUUUGACAGAAUUAGCCAAUACUAUAAAGCAGAAAACUAGCCUAAGGCCAUGUAGUGCAAAUUCCAUAUUAAAGGGCUUAAACAUCUACCAUGUCGAUUCCUUUUCCAUGGAAAGAAGUCCUGAAGAAAACAUGAACAAUCAAACAGAUUCUCUAAUGUCUCUUGGGCCAACCAUCAAUCAAGUAAGGGAGGAAGCGAAGGAGGUUAGCGUAGCAAAAGCUACUGUCGAACAGAUGAAAGGAGGAGGAAUUGCGGAUAGUCUUCUUGUUCUAGUUGUGCUUAUGAGUUCAGUCAAAAAUGUGCUUCCUCGGUUACAAGCGGUUCUGUCAUUGGAAAGACCGAUGGUCACACUAUUCAUACGCUCCGUGAUUUUGAUUGUCAUAUACAAGGAAAUGGUUGGAUUUGCAAUUGCACUGAUUGCAUUAUUAAUAGUUGCAGCGUUACUUUGGGCCAGAGUGAAUAGAAUGGGAGAAAGAUGCCGAGAGAUUGUUGUGAACACCACCUCUGAUCAAACAAUGAUGGAAAGCAUCGUUGCAGCAGAACACAGUCUGAAUAACUUGCAUGAGCUCGUUAAGAAAACUAAUAUCAUGAUUUUAAGAAUAUUCUCGAUAAUAAUCGGAAAGGCUCCAAAGCAAGCCAAUGAUGUGAUGUGGGCGGUGAUUGCAGUAGCAGUUCUGUUGGUGGUAAUCCAGUUCAAGUAUAUUGUUAUGGGGCUAACUUUGUACUCGUUCAUAGCUGAUUCAAGGAUCGCAAAGCACAUGCUGAACGAACAGGGAAAUCGUAGGUUGAAAGAGUGGUGGGAGUCGAUCCCUGUCAUUCCGGUUCGAACAGUGAGCAGUCGUCCUUGAUAGAAGUGGUAAGACUGAUUUAGGAAAAGAUGAAACCGUAGUCUGUUUAUGAAACUUACUGCCUCUCAUCAGCUUUUGUUUUCACAGUGAAGUUUGCUUCAUCAUGCUUUUCUGUUCCUUCAAUUCUAAGUUCUCUGUAGUGUUUUUUUUUCUGUGUGCUCAUGUAAUCGUCUCAUACGUGCAAGUUACAAGUAUCCUUGCAUUUUUGGUCACCCUUCCAAGUAAAACUUAUCUAAAUCAUUAUGUAACUUGUUGUACUUUUA